AUGAAAUCUAUAUUAGGUCAAAAGAGACGUAUUUUCAAUGAUGGUGAUGAUUUUCAAGAUGUAGAUACAAAUGCUACUGACGAUAGCGAUAGAAAUCAUAUAGAGAAGAAACAUAAACUCAGUAACAGCAGCAGCAAUGAUAUUGAUAGUAAAAAAUAUGAUUUUGAUAGUGUCCGUUCAUGUUCUACAAUGUUGUUUGGCGGUAAUUUCCAACAUUCAUACGGAGUCGAUGAUGAAAUCACCAUUACAUCGUUCAGUGGCGAGAGAAUCUACAAUCGCUUGAAGAAAGAUGAAGAGGAAUUAGAUUACUACUCUGAGGAAUCCGUUCGAAACAGAAUCAAUCUCAGUAGAAUCGGUGGCUCUCUACUUGGUAAAUCUAUAAGUGAAUUGGAUACUGAGAUUAGUGAACAUCAAAUUACAAAAGCACUAAAAGCAAAUUCAGCAGCAACAAUCACAUAUAACAACAAAACAACAACAUUGACAAACAAAGGAAAUAAGAAGAUCGACAAUAGAUUAUGGGUUGAUAAAUAUGCACCUGAUUCAUUCCAUGAAUUAUUAAGUGAUGAUAAAUUAAAUAAAGAUAUAUUGUUAUGGCUUAAACAUUGGGAUUAUAGUGUAUUUGGAAAACAGAUUAAUAGUAGUAGUAGUAGUAGCGGUAGUGGUAAUGGUAAUAAUUCAACAACAACAACUUCUUCUGGAUCGGAUAAUAAUAAAAAUCAGGCACAAGUUGUAAAUUGGAAAUUCCAAAAGAAAACAACAACUACUGGUGCUGCUCCUUCCAAAGCUAUUGUACAACAACAUAAUAAUGGUGCAUUGGAUGCCGCUGGACAACCGAAUCAUAAGAUCAUUUUGCUGACGGGUGGACCUGGUCUUGGAAAGACAACACUCGCUCACAUCUUGGCAAAGCAAGCUGGUUAUAAUCCCAUUGAAAUCAAUGCAAGUUUCGAACGUUCCGGUGAGAAAUUCGAAACCAAAUUCCUUGCUGCCCUCGAAAUGCAAUCGGUAUUCGCCAACCAAAAGCCAACUUGUUUAAUUAUAGAUGAAAUCGAUGGUAUUUCCGGUGGGGAUAAUGGACCAGUUGAAUUAAUAUUGAAAUUAAUUGCCAAUAGUAAGAAAUUAAAUAGUCAAGCAAGUAAAACUGAUAGAGAUAUUGGUAGUGGUAGUAACGAUGUUGAUAUGGAUGAUGAUAUGAUGGAUGAAUUUGACAACGGUGGUAGUGUGAGUGCUAAACCUAAAAAGUCGGGUAAAGGAAAGAAACCUCAGUUACUUCCAAAGAUCAAUAGACCGAUUAUUUGUAUUUGUAAUGACCACCAAAGACCAAUCGUUUGUUGUCGCGGCUGA